GUACGUGACGCUAGGUGGUGACGUGUCCCUUUAAGUGCGUCCGUCACGAACGGAAGAAGAAGAGUGACGUCACCGCCCCGGCGCAAACAUGGCGACUACGGACGUGGAAGAUUUCAUCGGACAGAACAGGCAGCUGUCGGAUUUAGUCGAGACGUUUCGCAGCGUUUCCGAAAGCGAAAAACACUGGAAGAGCAGGAGGGAGUUUAUAUUCAGAAACAUCAACGAUUAUGAAGACCCUCACCUGGAUCAGCUGCUCGCUCUGUCUAUGGUGUGGGCGAACCACGUGUUCCUGGGCUGCAGGUAUGAUCCGGUGCUGCUGGAGAAGGUGAGCGAGAUGGCAGAGGGGAUCGUUGUGGAGGACGCUCCUGUUUUUAAGACCAGAGAUGAACUCAUCAAACAGCAGCAGCAACAGAAGAAGGUACACGGUCCUGCUAUCAUUCACUCUGUCCUUCACUGAAGCGUGUAUUAUCUAUGGAAGCC